CAGCAACACUAAUGGUAAUAGAAUUCAUUAUAAAAAGAAAGUACAGAUACGCUCGCUUCUUACAGGAUUUGACAAUGGAAGUGCUGCAUUUUCUGAUAUUUUUGGCGUAUAUAUGUCUGUAUUCAGUUCAACAUCCGGGUGUGGAAGCUGUAUUAACUGGGGUUACGGCCAAUCCGUUCAGGGAUGAUCUUGUCACAUACUACUUCCGACUAGGAUACACAUGGAAGGAGAUUUGUGGGUUCUUGUUGAUAACACAUAAUAUUGCGAUGACUCUACGACAGUUAAGAUAUAUAUGCCAACGAUUAGGACAAAGGCGAAAUGGUCUUUCUUCACCAAUUCCAGAUGUAUUAAAUGAGAUAAGAAAGCUACGCAGAAGAGGUCUCGCAAAUGCCGGAUACCGUACAAUAUGGAGAAUACUAAAGUCAUCAAACAAAGUUAAUGCGACUCAAGACACUGUCAGGCGAAUAUUAAAAGCAAUUGAUCCAUCUGGUGUUUCCUUAAGGUCAAGACAUCGACUACGCAGACGAACUUAUAUCAACAAGGGACCAAAUCAUAUUAUUCACAUAGAUGGUUACGAUAAACUUAAGCCCUUUGGCAUAACAAUUCAUGGAGCUAUAGACGGCUAUUCAAGAAAGAUUCUGUGGUUACAAGCUGCUUAUACUAAUAAUGACCCAAAGAUAGUUGCCAGGUAUUACCUCAAUUAUAUCAAGACGAUUCGUCAAGUUCCGAUGAUUGUUCGAGCUGAUUUAGGCACUGAAAACUGUGUGAUUCGGGAUCUUCAAAUUGCUUUACGAUACAACCACGGAGAUCUUAUGUCUGGAAGAAAAAGCUUCUUGUAUGGAAGAUCCACAUCAAACAAACGAAUAGAAAGAUUCUGGGGUGUUUUGAAUAAUAAUUUCACAACGUUUUGGAAAAAUCUGUUUAAAGAUCUUCGCGACUCUGGAUACUUGCAUGACGGUGACACUAUUCACACUGAAUGUGUUCGAUUCUGUUUUAUGUUUUUAAUACAGAGAGAUCUUGAUGAAAUAGUAAACAUGUGAAAAUGUCAUCGAAUUCGUCGUCAACCUCAAAACGAAUGUCCAGUGGUGUGUCACCCAAUGUGUUGUACUAUCAGCUUCAAAUUUAUAAUGGUGUUAACUGUGGAUAUCCACUUCCAUGUGAAGUUAAUGACAUCGAUAUUAUUGCUCAAAUUUAUACAACCAAGUGUCCAACGUUCGGUUGUAAAGAAACAUUUGUUCAGUUGCUUGAAGAAAUAACUGGCAUGGACAGAGAUGAGCUUCCACGGCCACACACUCUUGACAGCGCUAUUCGUUUAUUUAAAGAAUUAUCAGAAUACCUUGAUAACCUAUAAAGUAACAAGGAAUGCAUACAGGGCAUACAUAUAUAUUGAAACUAUUUUAAACCUUGGAACCUUUUGAGAUUCAACAGUCAUUAUUAGGUUCAUCAGGGAUCUAACAAAAGCUGUUUCAUCAUGCUUACUUAAACAUCCUUUUUUUCUGUUGGUGAAAAAGCAUUAUAUACUGAACAUUAUAUAUGUAUAACGUUUCCUUGAGAGUCCACUGUUUCAACAUAUUUUUAAACUUCGUAACUUUAACACGUCAGGGAAUCGCACCGAUAGAUGCACCGCAGUGCUUAGGGUAUUUUUUCUUUUGAUCUAGCAGCAUAUUUAAAGAAUAUUAAAACAUAGUUCUACCCGAAAUUAA